UAGCGGAGGGGGAAACUGGCCGCACGGACAGAGCCGUCGGAUUGGGGCAGCAGCCGGCGAGUGGAUCCGGCAACUCCCAAGAAGCAGACGCAGGCGGGCCGGCGGGUGCCGGGUGCUGGAAAACGAAGGGCAGGCUUUCCCCGCGGGUCUGUGAAGGUCAGCAGCUCCAGCGGGUGCCAGUCAGCUUUAAGAAAAAGUAGAAAUCACUCCUGACUGUACUGAAUAGCAAAAAUUAAGUGACUUUUCCUGUACUGCAAAUCAUGGCACUACCAUUCCGGAAGGACUUAGAAAAGUACAAGGACCUGGAUGAAGAUGAGCUCCUUGGAAAUCUAUCAGAAGUAGAACUGAAACAACUGGAAACUGUUCUCGAUGAUCUUGACCCUGAGAAUGCCCUUCUGCCUGCAGGGUUCCGGCAGAAGAACCAGACGUCAAAGUCCGCCACAGGGCCGUUUGAUAGAGAACACCUCCUUUCAUACCUGGAGAAGGAGGCAUUGGAGCAUAAGGACAGGGAAGACUAUGUGCCCUACACUGGAGAAAAAAAAGGGAAAAUAUUUAUCCCUAAACAGAAGCCUGUACAGACUUUCCCAGAAGAAAAAGUAUCUCUUGACCCAGAAUUAGAAGAAGCUUUGACAAGUGCUUCUGAUACAGAAUUGUGUGACCUUGCAGCUAUCCUUGGGAUGCACAAUUUGAUAACGAAUGCACAGUUAUGUAAUAUAGUGGGAAGUAGUAAUGGUGUCGACCAAGAACAUUUCUCAAAUGUGGUGAAAGGUGAAAAGAUUCUUCCAGUAUUUGAUGAGCCACCAAAUCCAACCAAUGUUGAAGAGACUUUAAAGAGAAUUAAAGAAAAUGAUGUUCGUCUUGUUGAAGUCAAUUUGAAUAAUAUAAAGAAUAUCCCAAUUCCAACUCUAAAAGAUUUUGCAAAAGCUUUGGAAACCAACACACAUGUGAAAUAUUUCAGUCUUGCAGCCACCCGGAGCAAUGACCCUGUUGCUGCUGCUUUUGCAGAUAUGCUGAGAGUGAACAAAAAUUUGAAGAGCUUAAAUAUGGAGUCCAACUUUAUUACAGGAGCUGGGAUUCUAGCACUGAUUGAUGCUUUGAGAGAUAAUGAAACCCUGGCAGAGCUCAAGAUUGACAAUCAGAGGCAGCAGUUGGGGACAGCUGUGGAAUUGGAAAUUGCCAACAUGCUUGAGGAAAAUACAAAUAUCCUUAAAUUUGGUUAUCAGUUUACACAGCAGGGACCCCGAACCAGGGCAGCUAAUGCUAUAACAAAAAACAAUGACUUAGUUCGCAAAAGACGAGUUGAAGGAGACCACCAGUAAAUCCACCGAGAUACAAUCUUUGGGAGACUUUAAAAGGUCACCAAGGGCUCAUGUUGGUGAUGUCACAUGUAAAAUUUUCCUGGAUAGAAGGGAAAAGACUGGAAAUCUUUUUUUUUUUUUUUUUAACUACAUGUAUCUUUUUUCUAGUUUACAUUGUUAUCAGUUUCAAAUUGCAAAAUCAAUAGUAGGUGAUAUUUUGUAUUUUAUAACAUUAUUUCUUUCUGCUAAAAUCAGUUUUAAUUUAGCUUAAAUGGUUUGUGAGGAGUCAUGAGUUUAAAAAUGCAAUUGUAAAAAAAGUUUAGGAAAUCAUUUACGUAGAUAGUAUGAACAUUUUAAGGACUGAUCUUUUUUAAAUCAAAAAGGGACAUUACUGCCAUUAGAAUUGCUAUUGUACCUGUUAGGUACAAGACAUUCACAGCUUUCCUUAUUCCAUCACAUGGAGCCCUGUCCUGUUUUAGAAUACAUGAACUUGGCAAGAGUGUGCUUUUUGCUUCUAUCAAGAAAGCAAGAUACCAGAGUUUUAAAACGACUCCAAAUCUGGUCAUCGGCUGAGAAAUAAAAGCCGGUCUGUUGGGGAGAGAAAGGGGCCUUCUGCACAUUCCUGGUCACCGCACUUGUCCACUGUGGCACCAACACCUGGACUUGUUUCAACAAAGUCAUCAGCUUGGCCAGGUUAGUACUUUGUUUAAAAGGACAGUUAUGGCUAAAUUCACUAUAGUUUUUUAUUUCAAUAAUGUGGGCAUUACUAAAUUUUUGUGAAAGCUCAUAGUAAAAAGCAUCGAAGUAGACAAGCUGUUUUCUUCCCUGUAAAAGGCAUACAUAUAGUCAACUCUUGGUUACUUAGGAUAAUAAGAAAAAAGAAGGCGGUUAUUAAACACAUGACAUCGAAGAUAACAAACAUGAUGGAAUUUAAGUCUGAGGCACAUGCCAAAUAGUCACUUAAACUGAUGCUUAUUGUAAAUUAGAAACUGGCAUGUGUAUAAAUUGUGGCACAGUAUCAUGAAAGUUUGUGUGUGCACUGCAGAAUUACAUCAAUAACACUGAAUUGGCACUCCACGAAUUUUCCAACCAGUAGGGAAAACUGUUCUCCAUCCAUCUACUUUU